CAACGAAUUCUGUUGAAUUUACCGUUUAUUCUUAUCUACUUCAUUGUAACUUUCCCUAUUCUAAAAAUCACAGUUACACAACAGUUAAAAAUCACGCGUCGGAUGUUUAAAAAUAAACCGCAACCGGCAAAGCAGGUCUAGUAAACAUAGCCUCAAUCUAGCCUAGACUCAACCUAACCUAUAUUUUAUAACAAUUAUCUACCCACAGUAUCUACCCUUGAGGAACAGGUCCAAAGCACAUUUUUUUAUUGCUGUAAAUCAUGAGAGUUUCAUUAGCCCAAUUAGCCAGAAUCGGAAAAUGGUCGAAACAAUACGCUAAUUUACCAGACCGGUAUAUUAAUAGAGCAAUGAAUCAAGUGUAUUGGAGAAAUCCAAAGGGGGUCCAAUAUAAACCGAAUGCGGUAAUUCAACGGAAGAAGUUCUACUUUGGCGUGCACAGGCCAUGGACUAUGGAAUUUAGGAACGAAAAUCAACCGGGUACUUUGGCUCCUAAGGUUUUUGUUGAACCUAUUAAAAAGUGGAGUUUUUUCAGAGGCGACAGAGUCGAGAUUUUAAUUGGUAAAGACAAAGGGAAACAAGGUAUUGUAAAAAGUAUAUUUGAGGAACGAAAUUGGGUAUUAGUGGAAGGUUUGAACUGCAAAUUGAAGAAUAUUGGAAAAGAUGAGAAACGAAAUUUUGAGGGAGUUUAUAUCCAAGAAGAACAACCUCUUUUAGUUACCACUGAUGUAGCGUUAGUCGAUCCUUCAGAUCUUAAGGCCACACCCUACGAAUGGCGAUUUACUGAAGAUGGACAGGAAGUAAGAGUUUCUACCAGAACUGGCAGAAUAAUUCCUGUCCCAGCAACUGCGGAAGAAACAAUUGAUUACAAAACCAAGUCCACAUACAAAGAGCAGCCUAAAGAUACGACCGCUGAUGUUAUAAAAGAUAUAACGUUUCAGCCUAAACUCCGUACAUUUGAAAUGGAUAUUAUGGAAAACAUGGGCAUCAAAGAAGAUAGAGUCCCACCAAAGUCAUAUUGGUAUUAAGAAAUGUAUUGCUUCUAGAAUGUAAGGACGUUAAUAAAGAUGUUUAUAAAUCCA